GGAGCACUGACUUGUGAAGAACUGGAUGACAAUGAGAGACGCCUUUCAGCGGGUACCUCUCAUUAUUGUUUGCCUUCUAACUCAAUGGUUCAACUGUUCUUCAGCAAAAAAUUUAGACUAUGUACGAGUUCCGGUAUUGGAUAACAUUUACAAAGAAGAAUUUCUACUACAAAAGUUCUUAAUGGGUAGCAGGUUAUUGUGUGGUACAAAGUGCACGGAACUAUACAACCAAUGUAUGUCCUAUGCAUGGAACAGGGACACGGGAGGCUGUUUACUGUAUACGGAGAAGAUCCACGGUAUCCCUACAUCCUUCCGAACUGAGAAAAAUUGGGAACACUACAAUUUAAGAGAAUGUUCUGCUGACUUAACAAACGGACGAAUAGAUGUUAGCGACGCAUUCCUUUCUGGUACCUCCCUGAAUGGUAGCUGUGACGCCGGAUUUAUUGCAGUAUCAGGACAAAUAAUCGCCUCCUGUGACAGAGAGUAUAACACUAACAUUUCUGAUCAAUGUCGGUUUCUGUUGAAAGAUGUUGCCGUAGGUAAGCUUGCCGAACAAUCCUCGACCUAUACAACUGACAUCGCAGGCAAUGCAGUUGAUGGAGACAGGAGCACGGACAUCGUGACAGGCACGUGCUCACACACCGAUAACGGUGACGUCACGCCUUGGUGGAGGGUGGAUCUGCAGAAUGUGUAUUACAUCGUGACAGUAAGAAUACUGAAUCGUGGAAUGGACAUGUACGCACAAGAUAUGUCACAUCGGCUUAAGGACGUCACCAUCAGUACAGGAGUGACUUCUUCUACCAUGUCCCAUGUUUGCGGUUUCUUUGCUGGUCCUGGAACGUUGUCUCAACUGGUGACCAUCCCCUGUCCUCCUUACACUAUUGGGAGAUUCGUGCAGAUAUCGAUUGUCUCCGAGUUUUUAACUCUGUGUGAAGUUGAUGUGUUCGUUGUGGCGGUUUAACAAUGCAUCAAGACUUUAAUGGCAUACUGUCAUUUUUUUCAGAUCUCAUUUUCAAGUUGUAAAACCAAAUAAUUUAAUUACUGUAUUUUACCAGCUGUUUUUCCCAAUGAUGUGUUUGUACAUUGCAUUUAAGAACGUUUAAAAGGAAUUUAAAAUGUU